AUGAUCGCUUCUUUUGAUUGUAGAUUUCUAGACAAGGCGGCUAUUGUGCAAUGGGAUUCCAAAAGUGGAAAUCCAUGCACAGUGACACAGGUGGAAGAAACAAAAAUUCUGGUUCGAAUGAUCCCCAUCUUUGCAUGUACAAUCAUAAUGAGUACGUGCUUGGCUCAGUUACAGACCAUCUCAGUGGAGCAAGGAUUCGCCAUGAAUAGAAAGCUUGGCAAAGUUAAAAUUCCUCCAUCUUCUCUCCCCAUAAUUCCAUUUGUGUUCAUGCUAAUUGCAACUCCUGUAUACGAACGACUCUUCGUUCCAUUUGCUCGUCGUUUUACAGGGCUUGAAACGGGAAUAACAUAUCUGCAGAGAGUGGGAGUGGGUCUUGUUUUAUCCAUCAUUUCGAUGUCGAUAGCCGCUGUGGUAGAAGCCCACAGAAAACAAUAUGCAAAGCACCAUUAUCAAAUGAGCAUGUUUUACUUAUCAUUUCAAUACUUUGUGUUUGGAAUUGCUGAUCUCUUUACACUGGUGGGUUUGCUGGACUUUUUCUACAGCCAAUCUCCAGGUGGAAUGAAAUCCUUGUCAACUUGUUUCACUUGGGUAUCUUUGUCCCUCGGCUAUUUCCUCAGCUCAGUACUGGUCAAGAUAGUAAAUGCAGCAACUCAAAAUAAUACAAAGAGUAGAGGAUGGGUCAGAGGUUUUAACAUAGAUGAAACCCAUGUUGAUCUUUUCUACGCUUUGCUUGCUGUUCUUAGCACCAUAAACUUUUUUAUCUAUCUUCUCUGCGCCAAAUUUUAUCAGUACAGGCCACCUGCAAAAGACCAGAAUCAUGAAGACAAUUUUGUUGGAAAAAGAUUUGACACUCCAUACCACAAAUCUUCCAGUCAAAUAUCUAUGAAAGGCACACCACAAGAUUCUUCCAGUCAAUCUAUGAACAGCACACCACAUGAUUCCUACAAAUUGGAGCAUUCGGGACAGCUAAAAUCCAAUGAAUUCCCAUACUCAUCACCACAACAGUCCAUUGAAUUCGAGAACUCCAGAGCACAAGAUUCCAGUGGAGUCACCACUCCAGUGAAGGUUAAAAUGGAUUCUGUAUCCCAAGAGAAAACGGAAGAGAAAAAUUCAGUGCAGAUGUGA